AUGCUUGGUGGAUUUCUUAUUCUCAUUAACUUACCGAUUCAAUCGAAUUCUACAACGAUGUUGUCGAGAUUUGCUGUUGCUGCCCGAAGUGGAGUUACUGCUGUGAAUUUACUCUCUCGUACCCAUGGUUCUGUAUCCCAUAUUAUACGUUGUUUCGCUUCGUCUUUACCGGAGCAUGUUUUGGUUUCCAUGCCUGCUCUUUCUCCUACCAUGACUCAGGGAGGAAUCUCUUCUUGGAACGUGAAAGAGGGAGACGCUGUCCAGCCUGGAGACGUUCUUGCUCAGAUUUCUACCGACAAGAGUACUCUUGAUUUCACUACUCAAGAGGAGGGUUAUGUCGCUAAGAUCUUGAUGCCUGAAGGUUCCGAGAACGUGAACAUCGGAGAGCCCAUUGCCAUCGUGGUCGAGAACAAGGAGGAUAUCCCCGCCUUUGCCAACGCCACCAAGGAUUCCCUCGAAUCUGACGGUGCUCCAGCCGCUCCCGAGCCAGCCCAGCCUGCUCAGCCUGCCCAGCCUGCUGCUCCCGAACCUGCUCAGCCUGCUGCUCCCGAACCUGCUCAGCCAGCUGCUGCUGCUGCUCCCCAACAGCCCGCUCAGCCCGCUCAGCCCGCUCAGCCCGCUCAGCCGGCUGCCCAGGCCCCCAGCAACACCUCGCGUGUGUUCGUGAGCCCGCUGGCGAAGACGAUUCUGAAGAACAGCGGAGCGAAGCUCGAUCUGGCCAGCAUCAAGGGCAGCGGUCCCAACGGCCGCGUUAUCGCCUCCGACGUGCUGGCCGCGCUCUCCGUCGCCCCGGCCGCCGCCCCUGCGCCUGCCGCGAGCGCUGCGCCCGUCGCUGGUGGCGUCUCGGCGAACUACGAAGACGUGGCGGUGACGCCGAUGCGGAAGGUGAUCAGCACGCGUCUGACGGAGUCGAAGCAGUCGAUCCCGCACUACUACGUGAACCAGACGUGCGACGUGGACGAGCUGCUGAAGCUGCGUGCACGCCUCAACGCGGAUCUCAGCAAGAUGAAGAACCCGUCGGGCUCGGAGAAGCCGGCGAAGGUGACGAUCAACGACUUCAUCGUGAAGUCCUGCGCGAUGGCGCUGCGCGACAUGCCCGAAGUGAACUGCAGCUAUGUGAACAACAUGAUGCGUCACUACAAGACGAUCGAUAUCAACGUGGCCGUGUCCAUUCCCGACGGCCUCAUCACGCCUGUGCUGCACGAUGUCGAUAAGACCGGACUGCUGAGUCUGAACCAGCAGAUGAAGACGCUCAUCAGCAAGAGCAAGGAAGGCAAAUUGCUUCCUGAGGAGUACGCGGCUGGAAGCAUGACCGUCAGCAAUCUGGGCAUGUACAACAUCCCGUCCUUCUCGGCGAUCAUCAAUCCGCCUCAGUCGUGCAUUUUGGCCGUUGGCGGAGUGGUGAAGACCGUGGUGCCGUCAAAGGAGGAUGAAACCAAGUUCGAGGUGAAGAAUAUGAUGUCCGUGACACUGAGCUGCGAUCAUCGCGUGAUGGAUGGUGUGAUGGGAGCCACGUUCGUCAAUGCCAUCAAGAAGUGA